UAGGCUCUGCGUCGAUUCAAGGCGGACUCAUAAUCCAGGCUGUAGCUGCAAGGCUCGCUACACCUCCCCGGUGAAUCACCUGACUGCAACAAGAGCCGGAGCUCACCUCGACAAGCGCAUGUCCGGGGAUGUCUGCAGCAGACUGGUACGCUCACAAGUCGCUCGGAGACGGACUGUUCUGGAUCCAGGAGCGGUUCUACCAGUCCGACAACCGGGCCAACAUCUGGCUCUUGCGCGGCACGCACCAGGACGUGGUGAUCGACACGGGGCUGGGCUUGAGGAGCCUGCCCGACUACAUCGACUCCCAGGGGCUGCUGGGCAAAGACCCGCAGAGGAAGAACCCGCUGCUGGCCGUGGCCACCCACGCCCACUUCGACCAUGCGGGGGGGCUGCACCAGUUCCAGCAGGUGGGGGUGCACAGCGCCGAGGUGGACGCCCUGGCCAACGGGGACAACUACGAGACCGUCACCUGGCUCAGCGACAGGGAGAUCGCAGAGGCUCCCAGUCCGGGGUGGAGAGCCAGGCAGUACCGAGUGAAGCCCGUGCAGCCCACCCACAUCCUGCAGGAGGGUGACGUCAUAAAUCUGGGCAACAGGCAGCUGACGGUGCUUCACAUGCCAGGUCACUCUCGUGGAAGCAUUUGCCUCCAUGACCGUGACAAUAAGUUGCUUUUCAGUGGAGAUGUUGUGUACGACGGUGCGAUGAUCGACUGGCUGCCAUAUAGCCGGGUCAGUGAUUACAUCAGCAGCUGUGAGCGCGUGGUGGGGCUCGUGGACAGCGAGCAGGUUGACCAAGUCCUCCCAGGGCACUACAACACGUUUGGUGCAAAGCGGCUCCAUCGUCUGGCGUCCACGUACAUCAGCAGAGCUGGAACGUGCCCUGCAAAGUUCUCCACGCUUGCUUGGAGAACGGUGGCUGGGUUUGCACUGCGGGCGUCUAAUCCACGCUGUGCCUGCUAAUCAGAGCUGAUCACGGAGCCGAAAGAAGCAAAAGCGCACACACAUGGAGAAAAAACAGAAUGAAUAGUUUUAAUAUAGAGGACCUAAAAUAAUGGAUGGAGUGGAAAUACCCUUCCACCAUCUCUAACUAGAUCUAAUGCUCUUUAUUCACUUAUGUAUUCCAGCAAAUUCAUGUAAUUGCCAAACUUGCCCAGGAUUGGGUUACAUAAGUCAAUAAUUAGCUACAUAUAAAGCAUACAGUAUAAAGUAUUUACAAUUAUGUUAUGUAUUGAUGAAUAUGUGUAUGUUUCUCUUUAUGGUUAAAUGUAUGGUUGUUUUUUUUAUAUUUAUUUUAAGCAGAUAUUGAACAACAAUAGCACAAAAAUGGUACAACUGUGCACUACAAACAGAACAGGGAGCUUUGGCUUCUCCUCUAAGGUACUUCCAAUAAUAUGGCCAUAGCUUUUCUCUAUGCAUAUAACAAUGCUCAGUGAAGACCCAGUGUGGACUACCUCCUGCGUUUGUAAUUGUGCUUUGUACUAUUGAAUAAAUAAUCAACUGCUUUGCUAUCUAAACACGGACAAUAAAGUCUUUGUUAA